UAAAAUUAAAAAUAUAUGUGAUUGUUUGAUUAAAAGUGCUUCUGAAGAUAAUUAUAAAUGUCCAUGUGAUAACAUUUCUAGUAAUAGUGAACUUUCAGGAGUUUUUGACAAAUUUAAAAAAUGUAAUGAAAAGAAUGUGUCAUCAGCUAAUGGAGUAUCAAAUACAUCACCACAUAAAUUCAAGAAUUUAUUAGAUAUCUACCAUUAUAACUGUUAUUUAAAUGUAUUAAAAGAAAUAUUAAGUGUAAAAGAUACAACUACCCUAUGUGGGAUAAAUGUUUCAGAACACAAGGAAAGCGUUAAAAAAAUAUUGACAUAUAUAGAAGUAACACAGAAAAUUGGAAAAAUUACAUUGAGCUCUGUACGCCUGACUAGCAGUAUAGUUGCAUUUGUCAUGAAAUUAUUCUUAAGUAUGAUGAAAAAUAUUUCAUUUAAAGAAAUAGUUCUACCAUUGUGUGUCUCUUUAUCUGUAACAAUUAUCCUUAUUUUUAUAUUUUAUCAGGUAGAUAUAAUUUAUGCAUUAGGACCAUGCUUACAUAAAUGCAAUAAAAAGAAAAAAAUAAUUCAAAAUUGUAAUGAAGAAUUACAAUAUAGACCUUUUCCUCACAAUGUGUCAUUAUAUGAAAAUGUUAGGCGAAAGAAUUACUACAUUGUAUAUUAA